UACAACGACCUCUCCAUCUCCCCCUUACCUCCGCAACCCAAGCGCCACCCUAAAUCCAUUGUCCCCCAACCCUAAACAUCAAACCCCCAAAACCUUCGCGCCACAUUACAAUGCCUGCCGAGGUGAAGGAGACCGCCACAACCGCCUCUUCCUCCGACGAGAAGAUCUGUGAAAUCCUCUGCAAUCGCGAUAUCUGCUACUACUCGACUCCCAAGAAGAAACGUCCUCUGCAAUCCCUCCAAGACACCGAUCCCGAACUCCUCCGCUACUUCGACAAGCUCGGCGUUCCUCUCAACGAGCAGAAGCGUCUCGCCAACGUUGCCGUCGACACCGUCCUCAACAGCGUCUCCAUGGCCACCACUUACCGCAAAACCCUCGAGAAGGCCGAGGUCAUAUUCUGCUCCAUCUCCGACGCUAUUAAGGAGUACCUCAAGUUAGUCCACAAGUACUUAGGGAAGGUCGUGCCCUCCGAUGACAACUACUAUGCAGAUGGAUCGUUCUUCUACAUUUCCAAAGACACCAAGUGCCCGAUGCAGAUCUCCCCUACUUCAGAAUCAACGCGCUGGAAACGGGGCAGUGUGAAGAAAGCUUUGAAGUUAGCAGUUGAUGAAAAGGAUUCUAUAUUGGCCAGUAUACCAGCAGAACUGAAGAUAAAGGGAUCUUUGGUACAUGCAUCCCUGAUAGAGGGAAAGGGGGGCUUGCAAACUCUUUUUCAAUCUAUAAAGGAACAGGAUGCAAAUAAAGUAUCUAUGAACCUUGCAUCUACACUGGACAUUGUAGCAGAGCUAGAGUUGUUACAGGCGCCAGGAUUAUCUUUUUUGUUGCCCGAGCAAUAUGCGCAACAAUAUCCCCGCUCAAUUCCUUAGGAAAAAUAAACAUUCAGAACAUUGGGGAAAAUCAAUAUAUUCCCAUUGCUUUUAGGCUUUCUGGGAGAGGAACUGUCGAGUUCACCAUUGAGAAAGGAGAUGGUUCAACAUAUUCCCCAGUUGGUGGAGAGCAGAAAAAUACAGCCACUAUUCAGGUUGUUAUUGACAGAUACUCUGCUUCAUUAACUGCAGGAAAUUUUGCAAAACCGGUGAUGGAUGGAGCCUAUAAUGGCGCAAAACUCAACUCUAUCAACCAAGCUAUUCUCUCAGAUAAUGGAGGUGAUAAGAACAGUGGUUACAGUGUUCCCUUGGAAAUAAUGCCCUCUGGACAAUUUGAGCCGCUUUACAAAUACAGAAACUAU